AUGCCGAUCCAGAAAAAGCGAAAGCGUCAACCCGACGACACAUGCACGGGAAGGCCGGCCCCCGACAGCGCAGCGCAAGCCCAUUCGCCUCAAGAUGGCGGCUAUCUCAGGGAGGGCGAGUCCGUCAGGGAACGUGCCAGGCCGUACCUCCUCGCCGUAGCCGAGAUGCCGCUGAACGCCUUGGACACGACCUGGAGUAUUGGUCGGAAUCGCAGCCUCGACCCGGGACACGUCCGCGAGCUGAAGGAGAUGUUUGGGAAGGUUGGCGUAGAACGGCGCGCGACCGAGAACCGGAUUAUUGGCCUCUGCAGGGCCGAGCAGGUACGGCGCAUGCGAGCGCGGAGCGACCAGCAGGGCGUCUGCUCCUUUCUUGACUGGGCCGAGACCAAUGCCGGCACCAAGGUGGAGUUGAUGGCGGGCCAGCACCGUAUCCAGGCGCUUCGGGAGUAUGUCAAGGACAUGGCAGCAUCAGAAGCAGCGGCAGUCUUAUGGUGGACAUGCGAGCUUUACGAUAAAGAUCGGCUUCCGCACGAUCUGAACGUCAAGCUACGGGUCAAUCGCCGAGACCUAAGCCUGCCAGACAACCACGGGCAGAUCUGGACGCAGCUUGUGUCGGUCGCCCCCAAGGGGGCAAGCGAUCGCCUGGAGGAGCGUGUAGGCGUCGACAUCAAGCUCGUCGAGGCGCUCCGUCUCGGCGGCGAAAAGAACUUCCCGACACGCCGACUCGUGACGCUAUGGAAUCACAAAAGAUGGCGGGACAUGGCAACGCGCUGGUGCAGUACGAGGCUGGGGCUUGAGACGUUCAACAUCUCGGUGUUUGAGUGGAUGUCCAGCUUGCGUCUCGACGACUACUGGUUCGCGAAGCUGGGCGCCGUCAUCGAAACACUCCAAGCGCUGGCACUUAGCGACCCCAACGCACUCGGGCACCGAGACUGGCAGCACAUAGCAGCAGGCCUACGCGGUGCCGGCCGCACAGCCCGAGAAGUCGAGUCGGUAUUCUACAAGACGGACAGAAGCCGGCGUGUCCGGGUCGAGGGUUUGCUGGCGUCGCUGGACGACGAUGGAUACGCAUCGGUAUGCCGGGCCAUCACCUCGAACACGCUAGCCUUUCCAGACAUGAAAAAGCUGGUCCGCAGCAGCAGGAUCGAGGCGCACGUCAUGGUGCGGGUGCUACAGCACGUCAUCGCCUGGAUCGACCUGGACAGCGCUCUCGCCGUCGACGAGGUGAACCCCAAGGCCAAGAACAAGCCGCCGGUCAGGGAUAACCUGGCCGCCGCCCUGGAGAAACUGAACCGAUCCAGGGGCGCGGGGAACCGCGCCGACGACGCAAGCUUGCGGCUGCAGGAACGCGUCCUAAACUUUGCCCGGGACAACAUGACCGAGUUCAGGGCGGCGGAGGCACGAGCCCUCCUCGACGACGACGUCUCCCUGGCCUUUUGUGCCGAUGUUUUCAAGUCCGUGGACAGUCCCGAGCUGCAUACUCCCGACGCGAUGCUGGCCAUCCAACGCAAGAUCGAAGAGACGAUAGCCACACACGCAGCCCAAAUUAUGGGUAAGGACAAAGGUGGUCUUGGGAUGUCGGGGAUAGAGGCUGGGGGGCUCCCCUGUCUGGGUGAUACGAGCCUCCGUUCCAGCCCCGAGCCGUCGUCCGACGACGCACCCGGUGAUGGUUUGCACCCCCCCGCAAACAAGCAUCGGCAGCAAAGACGGCAAGCCUCAAAAUCCAGCCAUGCAUUGUCCAACACCAGUGGCCUUCCGGAUCACGACGGCAAGGCGAUAAGCCAGGACCGAUCACCAGAAAACGAAGAGGACGCACAUCAUUCUGCCACCGAGGAGGGCGUGGGCGACGCUGGGGAUCCGGAGCGGGAUGAACAGGAGCAGGAGGGGCAUGAAGCGCAGGACGGAUGGCUAUCGCCCGAGGGAGGCCUCUCACCGCUGCCGCCACGUAAGGGGUUGCCUUCGCUGCCGUCGUCGGUUGACCGGGGUCAGAACGAGGACAAAAGAGUCGUUCCACGAUGGAAGCGACUGCCCCGAGCGGGAAUAGAUAGGCAUUAG